AUGUCUAAGAGGUCUGCUAUGGAGUAUUCAGGACCUUUUGUGCAGUAUGACAGCAUAACGGACCUGGAUCCGUUCACAUCGGCGGUGGCGGCUCACGGCGAUGUGAUUGUCACAGGCACGCAGUAUGGCGACCUCAUCCUGAUAUACGGGAACCGGCGCGAGCGCAUAUGCUCUUAUCAUGGUGCUAUAGUCGAAGUUAAGGUACGAUUGUGCCCAGCAAAGUUUCUGAGGGACGUAGUUUACGUCGUUUGCGCCACUUCGUUGGGGUACAUCUACGUGCAUCUGGUAUGCGUCACCAAUGUGGCAGCUUCGAAUGUGGUGUACAAGAUCAGGACUGGGCAGGAGGUGACGGCUUUGGUGCUGCAUCCGCAGUUUUUGCUGCGCCACAGGGUGCCUCGCCGACAUGCAGAUGGCCAUCCCACGUUGCACCUGAGGUCUAGGCAGAAUUCAUUGGAACGCCGCACCCCGCAAAGGCUGCGCAGGGAAACAAACAAAUCAAUACAGGAUGGUUCGCAUCUUGGACGUAAUUCUUCCUUGCCCAGCGACGCACGAUGUUUCGCCGUUGCAGAGGCUCUUACCACCACCGCUAACAAACGAAGGGCAACGUACGACUUGAGGCGCCUGCUGAUGCGGAGGCAGGAGAAACGUCACCGACAUUUGGGAAAAUUGGAGUACAGUGAGUCGGCGGUCAUAUUUUCAGUUCAAAGCGGAGGGACAUACCUUUUGAGGCUGGACGAGAUAGGCACUGAAGGCCCAGAGCGAGCAUGCACACUCAUACACAGAUCAAGACGAACGCGGCGUGGGAUACCUAUGGUGUGGUACCGAGACAUGCUUGCUUUAGCGGAUGACGACGGGGCACAUGUGGUGCUGCUGUCGGAGUGUGCCGCUGUGGCCUUCCUGCCUCACUCCCCUCGCCUGGAUAUCGAAGCCGAAAAAAUCAUCGCAGACGAAUAUCGCGGUAUUUUGGAGGAUGCAGGAGACGUAGACGAUCACUACGUUACGUCGGACGAGUCGGAUGUGGAUUACCAGGAAGCUGAGCCUAUGGACAAUGCGGAGGAAUUCGACGCAUCGCCAACGUACCAUUCAGAUGCUGAGUCUGAGCGCGUGGUAAGGCGCAACGGAUGGAACAACGCGAGGCUUGACCGUUACGUCUCGCGUAGCGCCGAAGAGGACCUUUGCAAAAGUGAUACGCCAACGCGUUCCAGUGGUAGCCAAAGUUCAUCUCACGCCCAAAGUGAAACGAUGCUGCAGAAAAGUCCUCAACACUCCUAUGAGCUCCGAUUGGCGCAAUAUGAUGAGGAAACAUGUAUUAAAACGCCGAGUGCGCGUGAUGGCACGGCUAGUGACGUCAACAAGGCUAUGCGGCGAUGUGAAUAUUGGACAACGCAGUCGGCAUUCAACGUAUACAGCGGCGAUGACGUUGAAUCUCCCUCAAGUGUACCUUAUCACUGUAUACUAUCAGAUGGCCCUAGAGGCUAUGCCUACGAUGAAGAGCACUGCGAUGUGAGUUGGAGCGCUAACGGCAGGCGUGCUACCAGGAGCCGGAGAAACUCACCGUCGUCUGAUACGAGGGAAGCGGAUAUGCCAGACAUCGUCACACCAUCGUCAGAUGAUACUUCAUCGGACUUUGACUACGCCACGUCAACAGGCAGAACAAAAUACAAGUUAGGCAGUGCAAUAAAGACGCACAACAUCAGUAUAAGAAGCGCGAUGCUCAACCUCAAAAACAGAGAACCCUUGGGUGUCGUAAUGUGUUGGUUAUCGCAAAGGGUGCUUCUAGUUGGCUCCAGAAACUCGCUGCAGGUAGUAGACAUUAUUCCUUCGUUCCCGUGCAAGGGCGGAUUCGGGCGCAAGAGCGUCACCACAAGGCGCAUCGACCUUCUGGAUGUGAGCAACUCAGCCAUUAGAAUAGACGGUUAUGGUUUCUCCCAAUACGUAACAGUGAAGGAGAAACGGAUUUGGCGGAACGUUCCUCUCAGAGGCACUGUUUCGUACAGCCUCAAGGCACCGGAUACGUGCCGCAUCGUUGCCAUUAUGCGGCACCGGUAUAAAGGCUCAUUCUCCGUCAUAUAUGAGUCGGACGGCCCGUCGAUGAGAUCAGGUAUGCAUAAUGGAAAACAAGAGGAAAAUGGUUCCACAUUUCGAAUUGUACGUGCGCAGGAUGGCAGCCGCCAAAGCGCCUCACCUGACUCCUACGGUGUCGGAAGUGACCACACGGCUGUCUUCGCCUUCAACGCUUUCGACCCGUGCUAUAACGAUGUGUAUCUGAACGAAUCAUACAUGCAGUGCCUACGGGUCGGUGACGGCAGACGAGGACUCAGCCAACGCAGGUUUCUGCAACUGACGUGCAGGAUUACGGAACAAAAACUGGAAAUCUGCCGAGCACAACAAUUUGUCAUGAACAACUUCUGCUGCCAUGAUGACAAUAAUGUAGAACACUGCCUGCAUCUGGCGGAUCAUCCAAAUCGCAAAUAUGCCGAUAAGUCUAUCAGGGCCUUGGUAUGCGGCGGCAGCUGUCCAGCGGGCCUUGCUGAUGUAAACUUAGGCACCAUGCAGGGUGACAUUUUGCACUGUUUCAGUGACCCAGAUAGGUUUGAGAGUCUUUGCAUUGUGGUCAGAGGGUUGUUGGUGACCAUAAAGGGAGCAACACCAAUGCAGCACAUUCGCCAAUUAUGCAGACAUCGAGCUCAUGACGAGGCACUUUUAGAAGUUAUGCAGAUGUCGAGUAGAAGCGCUUCGGGAGCUGAAUGCGGUGCUUAUGUGCAUGAUGUUGCCAGAAAUGGGUUGGAAUGCUUCUUGUCAGCCAAAAGUCUGGACGUAGAAAAAACCGCACACCUAACAUUGUCGUACAUCCGCUACUGCGCACAGAUGUCAGAUGACCACAAAAGAGCUCAUCAUAUUCGGGAGUUAGUAGGACAAUUCGCAAAUCACAAAAGGCUGAAUAUCCUUCUCGGUCACAUCUUGCCACCUGCGAUGUCAGGCGUGACGGAUGAAUACCGCGCGGUUUACGAUCUGAUUCGGAGUGAAGUAUCUAGCGUUGUCGGCCCGGAUAUGCCAUUUGUGCUUCUUAGGUUGGCGUUGACGGCAAACCUGACCGUCGAGCAAGUGAGGGCAAUGGUCAAAAUGCUGAAACAGUGUAUUAAUGCGUUGGCUUCUGACACCAAGUCAGUAGCAGCGGGUACAUGCAAUGGUUCUGGCGAAGAGGGACACUGUAUCUGCAAUGCAACACAAGCCGGUCGAUCAAAUGGGAGCGAGUGGUUGAUGCGAAGCACUUGUGGAUGGAGACGCAGCAACGGCAGGCACAAUGCUAGCCUCAAUCUCGUGACUUCGAAAAUGGACUUUUUCGUAGAUAGGGUGCCAUUUUUAAUGUGUGACUACAAGGAAAAUGCAAUGGCAAGUACGCCCUCAAAUAGUGAAAAUGACGUUCAUGUGGCUCGUAAGGCUUUAAAUUACAUGGGACGUACACCUAAUGGGUCAUUGGUGGAUGCCCUAGUAGAUUACGGCUGUACGGAAAAGAAAGAACUACACGGUAGUGGAUCCCAUUGGGACGGCAUACUUGAAGAAACGAACAAAGUCGACAUCGAACUCCUCAAACUACGGGACGGCAGCGUACCCCAUGAAAGCGAGGGUUACACGGUUUUCGAGCUGCUUCAGCGUGUAUCUGUUGUGUCAAACGAUAAUCUGGAGAGUUUUAUGUUGAUGAACCAUGGGCCCAAAGCACGUGCGGCCGCAAUUGCCAUGGGAGUGUUGUUGGCGAAAACCGACCAGAUCAGACAGGCUUUUAGAUUAAUGGCGCAUGUGCAGUGUAUAAGUUCGUUGGACCUGGCAAAACUUGUAUGUGAGCUCUAUCCCGAUGCAGAGGAGUAUGUCACGAGCGCAGCACUGCAGCUGUGCCGUAUAGACCCGCCUGCGGCGAUCCAACUGUUGGUAGAGAAGUCCAAGACCCCGGAAUAUAUCAUCAAUGUUGUAACAACGCUGUCACCAGAGCCCGAGUUCCUAUAUGGAUACCUUAGUGGUUUGUAUGCUAAUGAUGGGCUCACCAACCAAUACAUCCCCCUCUAUUUCAGAUUGACAUGCCUUUUAGAGCCAUCUGAAAUCAUCGCACUCGUUAAGGGUAUCGCAAAUUCAGUCGCAAAAAAUUACAUUGGUGUUGGAACCUUACUUCGAAUUUUAUCCGAGGUGCGAAUCGCAAGGGCAGUAGCACCGGUACCUGACGAUGGGGGCAAUUACGAAGCUGUGGUUCAAAAGGAACUCUAUCUCGCUGAAGCGUACCUGCGGUAUUUUGCAAGUGAACCGUGGUAUACGGUAUACGACUGCAUCAUGUUGGCGUUGCGUUUCGACUUUAUGACCAAGGGAGGUAAAGAGCCAAAAGGGCAGUCUGUGGGAACAGUCUACAGCAGGCUCCUAGCAUUGAUCCACCUAAUGUGGGAUGAAAGUACAUCCUGGGUUGUGAUGCAACGGAUGUUGAGAGAACUGUGGGAGCGCACUUCCGGCAAAGGCAUGGCUGAGGAUCUGGUCACGGGGUUGUACUUGCAGUUCUUGAAAUACAAAGCGUACGUAAUAUACGUCCUGGACGCUGUGCAGACCAUAAGUAUGGGACAUUACACCACUCAGAUGCUUGACGUGGCAAAAAAAGGGAUGGUAUUCUACCCCGGCAAAAAGUGCGUGCCUAACGGAGCAAUGCGUGAAGGCCAUGGCACAGGAGGCCAAAGCAGCGAUGAUCUCGUCCCCAAAACGGAAUGCGUUGGCAGGAUAAAGUCACAAUCUGCCAUCGUUGCAAAUGACAUUGCGGCAGGAGAUGCAGAUGAAAGGCGUCAGCCUUGCCGAAUCGAGGGCAUGCCUGCACAAGAGUCAAUGGGAUCGGGUGAUUGCAAAAACGCAGCUUUCGGUCGCAGCUCAUACGAUAUGGGUAGAGAUAGUGGUAAGGUGAUCAGCUGCAGCAACGUAUGUGCAAUAUGUGAUUCUUUGUACAUCGCAACUCACUGUAACCCGAACAUAACGCCUCAAAUGUUGGCGGUUAUUCGGGACACAGUUUGGGGAACAGAAACUUACAUCCAGUUUCCCAAUAGACCCAAGACCUUAUACUUCUUCUGUGGUCACGUGGCCCAUGAAUUCUGCCAGAUCAGACUCAUAAACAGAGCUGCUGAGCUUGGGUCGAUGUGGCAGGGCGUGCAUUCCACUCGUGGCAGCCGUCCUGCUGCUGGCAACAGUGGCACCACUGUAACAUUUGAAGAUAUAGAAGAUGCGCCGAAGCGCAAAAGGAUAACAAUGGAACGCCUGAGAGCCUCCUGCCUUAUCUGUUUGUGCAACAUGGCCGGCGCCUGUAAAUUAAACCGACAAGAGGACCUUGUUCUCAAUAGUUUUUAA